AAACCGAUCCAGCUGAUCGAAUCGUUAAUACAUCGAGUACAACUGCUGCGAUAAAUCGAGAGUGAAAUUAUCCAGAUGGUGGUAAAACGAGUUCCAUCAUCUUCCUCAAACAUCAAAAAUACCCCAGAGCAUCACAUCCUGGUUUAUCUCAAUCAAUGAUUGAUGAUAUCAUGAGGAAGGUGGAGAUAAUUUACCUGAUCCUGGGGAUCAUCAAAGGAAGUGAGGGAUUAUUUAAUUAUUCAGAGAUUGAUAUGCCAUUGGAACAUAUCAAAUAUUAUUUUAAUUCAUUUCCGGGAAGAGCUGGUGAAUGUCGUGAGGAUCCUGACUGUCCUUAUAAGGAACAAUUGAUCGAGGGAAGUUGUUGGGGGUACGAAGAUGACUGUAAACCCCAUAAGGCAUUUUCAAUUCCUCAUUGCCCUGGAGAUCACAAGGGCUGGGUAGCAACAAAAGGAGCACAAGUUGAAACAUUUUAUUCUCAAGGAGAUUUUGGAUACGUCAGGGACCAACGUAGGGAGAUGAAAUUAAUCUGCGAGCCCUUCUUCAUCGACGAUUCAUCGUUGGAAUGUUCGGAGCACUUGAGAUUCUGUCGAGGUAGAAAUAUCAUGAUUAAUUUCACUAAUUUGGUGCACAGAACAGAACCAAUUAGAUAUAAAAUGGACGUGUUAAAAGAGGGAGAAAUUGGUGGAUAUUGCACGCUCAAUAAAAAAAUACUGGACGACAACGCGGAUCACAUUAGUGCCCUCCAAUCCUGGGGCCCCGAGCUACGAAAUUUUCAAAAAUUAAAACGUCGGCCAAUACCCAACGCCGACUGUGAUAUUAUCAUUGAAAAGCCAACAUUUCUCAUGAAAAUAGACGCGACAGUCAAUUUGUACCACCACUUCUGUGACUUUUUCAAUCUCUACACAUCACUACACGUUAAUUUGUCCCAUCCAACGGCAUUCAAUAAGGAUAAUCACAUAAUGAUAUGGGAAAGUUACAGUUAUCGAUCAGCGUUUCAAGAUGCCUUCGAGGCAUUUACGAUAAAUCCCCUCUGGGAUUUGAAGACAUUUCGGGGAGAGACUGUUUGCUUCAAAAAUAUUGUAUUUCCACUACUGCCAAGAAUGAUAUUUGGACUUUAUUAUAAUACUCCAUUGAUCUACGGCUGUGAAAAAAGUGGUUUAUUCAAAGCAUUUAGUGAGCACAUACUCCACAGACUCAACAUACCCCUUCGUAAACGAAAAAAUAAUAAAAUUCGAGUAACAUUGCUCAGUAGAGAUACGAGAUAUCGAAGGAUUCUCAACGAGGACGAAUUGGUCGAGGCCCUAAAGAGAAAUCCUGACUACAGCGUGAGAAAGGUGACGUACAACAAAGAUGUUCCUUUCAAAAAACAACUCGAUAUCAGUCGAAAUACUGAUGUUUUCAUCGGAAUUCAUGGAGCAGGAUUGACUCACGCCAUGUUUUUGCCUGAUUGGGCAGCAGUUUUUGAAUUAUAUAAUUGUGAAGACGCUGGUUGUUACAAAGAUCUGUCAAGACUUCGUGGUGUUAAAUACUUCACCUGGGAAGACGGUGAAAAAAUUAUUCAACAAGACCCUGGAACUCAUCCGGACGGUGGUGCACACGCUAAAUUUACAAACUACAGUUUUGACACUGACGAGUUCCUGAGAAUUGUGUCACUAGCAGCGGAUCACGUACAUAAUCACCGAGACUUCCAAAAAUUUGUUAAUAAAAAAUCCCCAAUUAUUGAAUCACGUGACAAUAAUUACGAUCCAAUAAGAGAAGAAUUAUGA